GCCUGACAGAGCUGCCAAUAUAAUUUGACAGACCAUUGAUAUCCAUGCAAAACACUCGCCAGAUACAUGUUAUUCAGCCACGAAGGACAGAAAUGUAACGCCGUGACGUAACAGACACUCAGAGGUUAUUUCGUUUUCAAAUUAUUGAGCUGGGCUGUAUCAAAUAUGAGGCAAAUUUUAUCACGUUGAACGUCAGACUUUAUUUAUUUGUUUAUUUAUUUAUUUUUGCCAACAUCAAAUGUAUAAUCUUUCACAAAAUCGCCUCUAUGACAUACGUCUUUAUUACGACGUGGAAACUCGAUUUCAGAACCUUGGACAAUUCUGAUGGUCACAACCAUAACAGCCUUGAACUCAAAGCACUGGACAACCCGUCUUUAUCUUUCAAUUAACAAAAAUAUACAAAUAUCUUUUUUACAUAUCAACUUGAAAUCAGCACUAUUGACCAUGGGAACCGCAAUGUCUAUCUCGCUCCGCAAGAAGGCAGUCCUCUUCAAAGAUGGGCCGGACACUGUGGGCUACUUGAUGGAAGUCCAGACCGGUAAGAGCGCAAAAGACAAGACUCUGAAGCGCUACUCACCAUGGAGGCGGAGUGUGAAGAAGAAGAGCUCCAAGAAGGUGCAGGCCCAUGAGAACACCAACCAAAACAACAUUGCCCAUCUGAGAAAUGAGAACCUGGAGAAGUCUCAGUCCUUCUCCAACCCAUCCACCCUCACCCUGGAGAAGUCUCAGUCCUGUGACAAGCUGUCCACCCAGGACCAGAGCACUCCAGCCAUCUCCAACAGCUCCAACAACGCCGCCUUGUUGGUCGAGACGGCCCCCUUAUCCAACUCAAACAUGGCCCCCAACACGCCCCAGAUGGUGACCAUCCAAGACCUCGACACUCCCAGGAGGCUGGUGAUGGUCCACGCUACAACCGGCGAGCUGCUGCGCUGCCUGGGUGAGUUCCUGUGCCGGCGCUGCUACCGGCUCCAGGACAUGUCUUCCAUGGACCCGGUGCUGUGGCUGCGGGUGGUGGACCGUUAUCUGCUGGACAACUGCUAUCAGAACCAGAGCUGCAUCAAUCCGGCCGCUGUGGUCUUCCUCUACAUGCUGUGCCGCGAGGCGGUUUCCUCCGAGGUGGCCACCUUGCACGAGCUGCAUGCUGUGCUGCUCACCUGCCUCUAUACGACCUGCUCCUACAUGGGCAACGAGAUCGCCUACCCCCUGAAACCCUUCCUGGUGGACACCUGCAGGCAGACCUUCUGGAUCCGCUGCAUGACCAUCACCAAGCUGAUGAGUGUCAAGAUGCUCCAGAUGAACACAGACCCUAACUUCUUCUCCCAGGUGUUUGCUGACCUGAAGAACGAGAGCCAGAAGGAGGAGAAGAAGAGUCGCCUGCUCAGCGGUGUGUACAGCACUCACCCCAGCAUCAAGCCCUCUCCGCCACCUCUCCUCCCCGGCUCUGCUUUGCUCCGAUUGGUCCAACCAAGGAACAACUGGAGCGGUGCUAGCUUCCUGCUCCUGGUUCCCAGAGUUCCCGGCUCCUCUCUGCGCUGCGUUCCGCUGGCCCGUAGAAUGCUGGGAAUAUCCGGAGAGGAAAAGGGAACUGACAGCAUCGAGUGA